CCUCCUCACUCAACGGCGCAGCUCGGCUGAAGAUGGCGGCGCAGGUGCGCGUCUUCCGCACUCGGCGUUUUCUUCCCCGCACAUUCUCGCUCCUCUUCUUCCUCAUCUCCUUCGUCGAAGCUCGUCGGAGCCACUUUAGAACCGACACCCUCCACGGAGCCGCACACUUCGCGGCGGAUCCCCAGGACCGUGGCUUCUUGGUGGUGUCGCGCACCCCGGGGCAGCCCGGGCAGGAGGAGGAGCAGCAGCAGCAGCAGCCGCAGGGGUCCGGGUCGGGGUGGUCUGGUCCGCAGCCUCGUUCCCGACAUCGUAGGGAGCUCAAACCCUCCGUGGUGACGGCACCGCUUAAUGACAACCACAACCAGAUGGUGGUCCACUGGGCUGGAGAGAAGAGCAACGUCAUAGUGGCCCUGGCAAGAGACAGCCCCCUGGUGCAGAAGGAACCCUCCAGUGCGGUUUACGUGUCUUAUGACUAUGGCUAUUCGUAUAAAAAUAUCCAGACCAACUUCAGUCGCUUACCGAACGGCAGCGAGACCGUCAUUGCGCAGUUCUACCACAGCCCUGUUGACAACCGGAGGUACAUAUUCACAGACACCUUGCACAGCUACCUGUGGAUGACAAACGACUUUGGGCAGACGGUCAAAAACUUCUCCUGCCCGUUCCGUCCAACUGAUCUGCUGCUGCAUAACAAGAACCCAAACCUGGUCCUAGGAUACGACUCCUCUCACGCUGACAAACAGCUUUGGAAGUCAGACAAUUUUGGUGAGAGUUGGACACUAAUUCAUGAAAAAGUAAAGUCCUACUACUGGGGCAUAGAGCCGUACGACGAGGAGAAUGUUGUGUACGUGGAGCGCCUGGAGCCAACAAACACCUCAACCAUCCUCCGCAGCGAUGACUUCUUCCAGGAUGCCACCAAGCAGCACGUGCUUCUGCAGGGGGUCGAUGACUUCCAGCUCCGGGACAGCUACAUGUUCGCUACGAAGACUGUGCACCUGGUGGGAUCCAAAUACCCACGCUCUGUUCAACUCUGGGUCUCCCACAAUCGCAAGCCAUUGCGCUCCUCUCAAUUCCGAACCAAACACCCAAUUGUGGAGUAUUACAUUGCGGACGCGUCCGAGGACCAGGUGUUCGUGUGCGUCAACCACGAGGGUGGCCUCACGAACCUCUACAUCUCCGAGCGUGAGGGCCUCAAGUUCUCCCUCAGCCUCGAGAGAGUCCUCUACUUCAGUCCGAAGGGGCCCGGCGCAGACACGCUCGUGAGGUACUUUGCUCAGGAGCCGUUUGCAGACAUCCACCGCGUGGAGGGCCUGCGCGGCAUCUACAUCGCCACGCAGGUGUCGGGCGAGCACUUCAGUGAGGAGAACAUGCGCUCGUUCAUCACCUUCGACAAGGGAGGCGAGUGGCAGCCACUGCUGCCACCUGACACUGACAGCUGGGGCCGGCCUGUCAACUGUCAGCUUAAGGACAACUGUUCCCUGCACGUGACACAAAAAUACAGUCAGCUGCUCAACUUCCGUGACCGAUUGCUUCCAGUCAUGUCCAAGAUCUCUGCUCCUGGCCUGAUAAUGGCAUCAGGCUCCGUUGGAAAAAAUCUGGCUCAUAAGCCCAAUGUGUACAUCUCCAGCACGGCAGGUGCCCACUGGAGGGAGACUUUGGUGGGACCUCACUACUUCGCGUGGGGUGAUCAUGGCGGCAUUCUUGUCGCCGUCUCUCAAGAGGGACUUACAGGCAUGCUCAAGUUCAGCACCGACGAGGGGCAAACGUGGCGAGACUUCCAGUUCUCUACGGAAAACAUAACGGUGUACGGUCUCAUGACCGAGCCAGGCGAGAAAAGUGCUGUCUUCACCAUCUUUGGCUCCAAAGCUCCAGCAGCGCACAGUUGGCUCAUCCUGCAAAUCAACAUGACAUAUGUGCUUGGUUCUGCCUGCUUGGACGAGGACUACAAGCUUUGGUCGCCGGCAGACGAACUGGGAAAUGAGUGUCUGCUGGGUCGCAAGACCGUGUACAAACGGCGUACCGCCCACGCGCUUUGCUUCAACGGGGAAGACUUUGAUCGGCCCAUCAUGUCCUCCAACUGCUCCUGCACACGUGAAGACUUUGAGUGUGACACGGGCUUCAAGCUGACGCUAGAAAAUGAGCAGUGUGUUCAAGACACAGACUUUGAUGGAGAUCCGUAUGCUCCACCUGUCAACUGCCCUGCGGGUACCAUGUACAGACAAACCAAGGGAUACCGUAAGGUGUCUGGAGACACGUGCAGCGGAGGAGACAUGGAGGGGGUGCUUGAUGGAAAUCUUGUUCCUUGCCCAGUCAUGGAGGAGCGCGAGUUCGUCCUGUACGCUCGGCGCACGAGCAUUCACCGGUACGACCUUGCGACUGGGCUGGACGAGACUUUGCCACUCACCGGGCUGCACAGUGCAGUGGCACUUGACUUCGAUUACCUUCGCAACUGCCUCUACUGGGCUGACAUAGCCUUCGAUACCAUACAGCGCCUCUGCCUCAAUGGUACUCUGGGACAGCAGCAACUGUUGAAGGAGGGCCUCAAGAAUGUGGAAGGGGUUGUGGUUGACCCCAACAGCAAUCUCCUCUACUGGGUGGAUGCGGAAGCCAGGCACAUUGAGGUCAGCAGGCUGGAUGGGACCUACAGGAAAGUGAUCCUCAACUCCACUGUGCUGGAAAAACCUCGUGGCCUCGUUCUGGUGCCCAACAAAGGGGUCAUGUUCUGGACAGACUGGGGGGAGGUGAACGCAGGCAUCGGCUCCAGUGACAUGGACGGCCAACACAGCAACAAGAUCAUAAGUAGCAAUGUGCGCUGGCCCAAUGGAAUAGCCGUCGACGGAGAGACCAUCUACUGGACAGAUGCUUUCUACGACCGCAUCGAGCGUGCCUCCCUCGACGGGUCCAACCGCGUCGUUCUGAUCAACAGCAACCUGCCGCACCCCUACGCCAUCGCAGUCUACAAGAGCGACGUGUACUGGGACGAUUGGUCUCGCAUGGGAAUCAUGCGAGCAAACAAGUACGACGGGUCGGGCGUACAGACCCUCGUCAGCCGUGCUCCUGGAAUAAUGGACAUGAAGAUUUUCUACAGGGGCAAACAGAACAUGACGACUUCUUGUUCGGACAAGAACGGUGGCUGCACUCACCUCUGCCUGCCCAAACCAAAUGGCCGGACCUGCCAAUGUCCUGACGGAAUGUCCUCCGUUCAGCAGUCUUCUGGAGAUUUUAUUUGUAACUCCAAGGAGCUGGUUUGUGCCGAAAGCCAGUUUAAAUGUGCCAACGGCCGCUGCAUAAACAUCCUGUGGAAAUGUGAUCACGACAAUGACUGUGGAGACUUCAGCGACGAAGCAGACUGCCCACUGGGGACGUGCGGCACAAAUCAAUUUCGCUGUCAAAACUCGGGCCGUUGCAUCCCAAUGUCCUACAAGUGCGAUCAGGAGGACGACUGUGGGGAUAACAGCGACGAGCCAGCUGACUGCCCUCACCAGAAGUGCCAGGCCACGGAGUUCUCCUGCAGCAACGGACGCUGCGUCCGAAGUGCUUGGCGAUGUGACGGAGACAACGACUGUCAUGACUGGUCGGACGAAGUCAACUGUAGCAGCAGCCAGGGCAACAUCUCGUGCUCUGCGGACGGAUUCCAGUGUCCGAGCGGUCCGUGCAUCCCCCGCCGUUGGCUGUGCGACGGAGACAAGGAUUGUCUCGACGGAGCCGAUGAGCAGCAGCAAUGCGGGGAUAGACAGUGCCCGCCCUACGAUUUCAAGUGCGUUGCAUCUGGCCGCUGCAUCUUGGGGUCGUGGCAGUGCGAUGGCGAGAGGGACUGCACCGACGGGUCGGAUGAAGUCAACUGCACCGAUUCAGGCGGCUUAGUACCCCCGCAGCCAACGCCGGGCCACCUCAACUGCAGCUCCUCGGAGUUCCAGUGCCGCAGCGGGGUGUGUAUCAGCCUGCACUGGAAGUGCGACGGUGUCGACGACUGUGGAGACUACUCCGACGAGGCCAACUGCAGAGGUUCCGGACCGACGGUGGCGCCACGGUGUCUCCCGCUCUUCCAGUUCCAGUGCAGGAACCACCGCUGCGUCCCCGUCUGGUGGAAGUGCGACAAUGACAACGACUGCGGGGACUGGUCGGAUGAGGACACCUGCCCCAAUUGGCAGCCAAGUAGGGGGAAUGCGACGACCUCCUCACAGCCGUCCGGCUGCCCAGCCCAUCAGUUCCGGUGUGGCGAUGGAACGUGCAUCUUUGACCACUUUGUGUGCGACGGCUCACCCGAUUGUGGGGACGGCUCCGACGAGUACGGCUGUCCCACCCAGCAUGUUAUCACUGGACGACCAUCUCCGUGUAGCUUCACCCAGUUCCAGUGCCUGAAGGACAAGUCGUGUGUUCCAGCAAGCGCACGCUGUGACGGCCGUAAGGACUGCGUGGAUGGCUCCGAUGAACUUGGCUGCUUGCCGGGCGUGUGCGGGGAGAACCAGUUUGCAUGCGCGGACGGCAGUGGGUGCCUCGAGCAUUUCAUGCUCUGUGACGGCUACCACGACUGCCAGGACCGAAGCGAUGAGACGAACUGCCCACAGGACACCUAUCAUGUGCAGAAUCUGCGGCAGUUUAUGGCGCACGGUGACACGACCGUGCAGUGGGAUGAGCCCAAUCCCAAACCACUGAGGGCGUUCUCCUACAUGGUUCACUUCAGUGAUGUGGCCAAACUCAAAAUGUACAAUAUCAGCCUGAGCAGCCAUUUCACCAACUGGACCUCGCAGACGCUCCAGCCCUACACGGAAUACCGGUUGACCGUCAACGUGGUUUUGGCAUCGCGUGAGAUCAGGAGCAACCACUCCUUGACUUUCCGCACCCCGGAAGGACUUCCAAGUGCACCAAGACACCUCAACCUGAGCCUCGUGAUGGAUGGGAAUGUUCACAUCGAGUGCGUUUGGCAGGAACCUGACUCUCCGAACGGUCUCAUUAGGAAUUACGUGGUUCAAUAUCGGACAUCUUUACUCGGAUCAAGCAAAGAGGAUUUGUCACGGCAGCCACGAUACAAUAUCUCGUUUGUUCAGCUCGACACCACCUAUCAUGUUCGGGUUGCCGCUGCCACCUCCUUCGGCCAAGGCAACUGGACCAACUGGACAUCUAUCAGCAGCGAAGUGGUCAUUGGCCCUCCGACCAAUCUCAGAGCAUCCGAAGUGACUGACAACCGCUUCCGUCUCUCCUGGGAUAAGAUCAAGGUUGGACAGGACGCACGCUAUGUGGUGACAGUCACUUGGAACUACAAGGACAUUCCUGAAGAGUUGCGCAAGAUAUCUGUGGCUCCAAACGAGAACUCCGUCUCUGUGGAGGGCUUGGCACCGGGCCUGGAGCAUGUGGUCGUGGUGCAGGGAUUCCUGGACCAGACGCCGAGCCCACUCAGCGGCUUCCUCAGCGUAACGACGGAGGGCCAGCUUCCAGCCGAGAUCGCCUUGAACCAGCCGACAGCGCUCAACUACACCCACCUCUCUUGCGUAUGGAGUAGUAGUAUGCCCAAAGGGGUGACGUACGGCCUUUACUACGGCGUCAGUUUGUACAACCUGCAUCAGAACGGAAUCCGUAACACGACAACAGACUUCAGCAUUGUCAUUCCCAUCAUCACAGACGAUGACUACAUCAUCAUGGUACGUGUGGUUAAACCAUACUUGGGUCCUCCGUCAAACUACAUGCAUGCUCGCGGGAUCAUCGACAACAAAAUGCCUCCCCGGGAGCUGCACGUCGCAAGGGUCAGGGAGACCGAAGUCACGCUCAAGUGGCAGCCUCCCUACGAUAUUCCCGACGGAAACAUUAACUACACGGUAAUCGUGACGAACAAGUUGUCGGUGCUUGAUCAGAAACAUAUACGUGUCUCGACCGCAAACAACACGGUGGAGUUUGUCGUGAAGCCGUUGACACCGAGUACGGAGUACACCGCGGUUGUGAAAAUAUUGGACACCGUCGCCGAAACUCCGACCAUCACCUUCACAACAGACGACAUCCUUCCCCCGCAGACCGUCAAGGUGAUCCCCGUGGACGACAGCACCGUACUUUUGAUUUGGGCAGACGUGUCGAUGCAAGACAGCAAUUUCGUUAGAAACUGGGGCUACGACGUCUACAUGUGUGUGGACGGCAGCACGGCACCCAAGCGACUGGGCAACACGAACGAGACGCACUACUACGUCAGGGACCUGCUUCCGGGCCACAACUACACGUUCACGGUGCAGGCGGCGUGCGGCCCUCAGAGCGGGGGCAAGAAACAGUGCGGCCGCGGCGCCGUCGCCAGAUACGACAUGCUCGAAUCAGCGGAGUCUUUCUUCUCCAAGCCGAGAGACAUGGCCACCGUGGUGGUGCCCGUGGUGUUCUUCGUGCUGCUCCUCAUGGGUGGCGUCAUGGCCUACUUUGUCGUGCGGCACCGCCGUCUGCAGAACAGCUUCACCGCGUUCGCCAACAGCCACUACAACUCCCGCCAGGGCUCGGCCACCUUUUCCAUGGGUGAUGACCUCGGGGACGAAGAUGAAGAUGUGCCGAUGAUUCAGGGCUUCUCGGACGAUGAACCGCUUGUAAUUGCUUGAGGCGUCAUGCUGUGUGUGGUUGCCCGUUUAGUUGUGGGAAGAUUUAUUUUUGAAAAGGCGUCAAAAAUUAAACAUGCCAAAAUUGCACUUUUUCUCACAUUGUAACAUAUUGCUGGUCAAAAGUGAAUUUUAAGUUACUUUGCAGUUGAUUUUUUUCUUCCUCUUUCCCCCAAAGUUUGGCAAGCCUCUUGUGGUUUUUUUUAGCAGCUUUAUUUCUGGGCCUCGUUGGUACUUCAUCUUUACGACACCCAAUUAGAUUUUUUUCUGCAAUGCCUCGUGACAAGGUGCAGGUACCUGAUGCAUCAGCCGCUACUCACAGAAGUGCUUUCUUUGCUGUGUGAAAGCAUUGUGUGCGAUAUGCUCCGCUGUUUACACUUUUAAAGACGAGCACUCCCCUCUGUACUUCUCAAAUGUUGCGCAAACACUGUUAAGUAACUGUGUGUUGAAUAUGUGAUAAUACGUUUAAGGGUCCAUGCUUUGCUUCGGUUAAGGGGUGGGGGUGGGGUUCAAUUAUUUGUUAAGACAAUUUGGCCAGAUUGUUCACAAAAUAUAAAAUGGCGAGAAAAAAAAGUUGGAUCACAUGUUAUAAGCAAUUUGCUUUUAUGGUACCUAUUAAAAUGUGUGGCUAUAUGGGAGUCCACUUUUGGGUUUGAUAUUUGUAUAAUUUCAUUCUCAGGAAUGUUGUAAACCACAUGCAUUCAUCUGGUUGUCGAGCAUAGUAUACCCAUAAUCUUACGUUUUGUUUUUAAGGUCUGUUUUACCUGGUAAAAAACAAACUUACUGGAGUGGAAUGCAGUUUUGGUGUUGUGACGGGAGGAUUUCUGUUCAUGUGAUUUAAAUGUCAGCGAGCAGAAGCUGAUGGUGACGGGGUACAAUGUCGCAUAUUUCUAAGUGAAAAACGUCGGCUAUAUAACCAAAUAUAGAACAUGACAGUUACACCAUAUGCACAAAUAUUACACUGGGUGUGGGCAGUUCAUUGUGGUGAGAGGGAAAAUAUGUGAUAGUGGGAUAUGCGACAUUGUGCUGGAUUUUUUUUAUUUUAUUUUAUUCGGUAAAUCAAAAUAUUGUCAAAGGAAGAGAUUUCCUGUAAAACGGAAUUUAGUUCAGUUUUAUUAUAUGCCUUAUCUGUAAUUCCAUUAAUUGGCUGGACGAAAUGUAUUACACAGGUGGUAAUUCAUUAAUAAAUCCUCAGAAAGUCAUGGAAUUGCAGUACCAAUAUAGUUUUAACAAAAAAUGUAAUCAAAUAUUUUGAGUGGCUGGAAAUGUCCAACGCCAAAAUUGUGCACUUUGCCUGUAGUGGUUUGUGCCAUUAAAGCUGCGUUCUUCCCUGAAAGUUUGACGUUUUUGUUGAGAAUUGCAUAACCAACGAGUUUUUGGUGACCAAUUUCAAAGCCCAUGACUUGAUAAGAGGCCGCCUUUUCUUUUGGCUCAUUGAUUUAACGGGGCGUAUGCGACAUGUAUAUUUUUGUAAUAUUCCGCUUUUGAAAGGAAUGUUAGAUAUGUCAACAUACAGUUAGAAGCAUUCGUACAGCGAUGGUUCAUGUCUGGUACAUUUUAAAGUUUCCAUCUUAUAAGUUUAACACGAGACCACACAUUCUAUGCAGUAUGGUCCAGGUAAAUGUUUUUCAUCAUAUACUAUUUUACUACCAGAAAACAAUAAAUUCGGGGUUUAAUCUAGCAACGCAACAUUGUGAAUUGAUAGAGAAAACAUAGUGACGAUAAAAGUAAGCCAAUUUUUUUGAGCCGAUUUAAGUGAGUUGAACGUUGGCGGCUUUAUUAUUUGUGUCGUGAUUGCAUGGUAGGAUUUGCAUGUAAAUAGUGAGCACACUUCGGUUAUUCGCUUGCCAUUUGAAGAAUUAACUUUAAGGGUUAAUGUUCUUGGUUUAAACAAUGUAUUUUCCCAUUCUGGCAACUGGCAUUGAAGCUAACAUAAAUCUACACAUAUUUUAGAACAUUUGCGCUUCUGCAGUGAUAACAGAAAAUACGCAAAUGUAGAAAGACAUUCACACCUUUAAUGAAUUCAAAUGUGCUUUGAUGUGCGUGCUUAUAACAAACUAAGCAGUAGUUGAUGUUUAAUUCCGAAAUACAAAAUGUGAAUAUAGGGACAGUGCUGGACAAUUUUGAGAGUAGAUUAAUUUUGGCUUGAGUUGGUUGGGUCUAAGGUUUUCUUUGACUUUCUUAUUUUCAAGAUGUGUUUUUAAUGUGGCAUUUUAAUAUGUAUAUUAAGCACAAAUUCCACUUCAAAUGUUUUUUUUUCCUUCAGAUUAUUCCUUCUGGUUUUACAUAUCUAUGGAGUUUUAGUGACAUACAAAGAAAUCGAAUGUCCACCGUUUGGCUCCAUAAUGAUGCAUUUUUUUUACUGACAUCCACACUCACAAGCAACCUUCCACAUCGUCAGGUUCCGUAUAAUUGUUUUAAAUAUCUUAAAUCUCUUUUCUCCAUGUGCGUAUAAAAAAAGUUUUGUUUUAUUGUGUCGAAUUUUUUGUGUCUUCAUAAAUCUUGCAUAUCAUUUGAUCCUGAUUUAAAUGUCAAGCUUGCUUGCUUGCAGGAGCCUUGACUUGUUUGGAGGUAAUCAAAAGUUAACAAACACGAAGGGUGGUUCUGUUUUGGGUAAUUCUUGCACUGUUACUUUGCUUAAUUGAGCAUAAAAUGUGAGCUUUGUUUUGCAAUACUGUAUAUGUUUUUAAAUAUUCUGUAUUCUCUCAAUAAACAAAGGCAAAACAUU